AAAAGUCAUCAGCGCGCGUUGCCAAGAGCCAAACUCAAGAGCCACACACGUUUGGUUGCGUUGUAGUGGUCUUCUGUUCCUACUGUCUGUUCGAUAUUGCUGUGGAGUUCAAUCCUUCAGUUACCUGCGAAAAUGGCUGUUCCCCCGUGCUACUCUGAUCUUGGCAAGGAUGCCAGCGAUUUGUUCUCAAAGGGAUACAACUUUGGUGAUGUGAAGUUGGAUGUUUCAACCACUUCUGCUGGCAAAACUGGUUUCAAGGCUGCGGCCACCUCCCAUGGCGAUGGCCCUGAUGGAGCUUCGCGCCGUGUGUCGGGCAGUUUGGAGCUGAAGCGUGAAGUGUACAAAAAUGAGAGCAAGGAUAUCACCGUCACAAGCAAGUGGGCCACUGACAACACCGUCAACACAACUCUCACUGCCAACAAUUUUGGUCUGGAGAAUAACAAGGUUACCCUGGAGGGUUUCUUUGUGCCGCACUCUGGCAAGCACAGCGGCAAGGUGAAGGGUGCCUACAAGCGGCCUCACUUUCACAUGACCGACGAGGUGCAGGUCAAGAGCGAGGGUGUCGCUGUGUCCGCCACAGCUGUUGUCAAGAAGUGCGGCUUCUAUGCGGGAUACCAGGGUACUUACAGCCAGUACCAUGGUGGCUUCAAGGACAGCAACUUUGCUGUGGGAUUCGCUGCUAAGGACUUCAGUCUGCACACUACCUGCAUCAACCAUGGUUCUCAUGUGCAUGGAUCUCUCUUCCACUCGGUGAGCUCCAAGCUUGACCUAGGUGUUGCUCUGAGGUGGGCUGCUGGUGCUGAUGGUGCUCACUUCUCUAUUGGCUCCAAGUACAGCUGCUGCCCAGGUACCAUUAUCCGUAGCAAGUUCAACUCUGACGGUGAGCUUGGUCUCUCCUACAAGCAAGAGCUCAACUCGAAUGUCAACGUCACCCUGUCCGCUCAGGUCGACACCAAGGCUCUUGCCCUUCCCUCUCACCGUCUCGGUCUCGGACUGGACUUCUGCGCCUAGGCCGCUCAAUUGCAUCGCUACUGCGUGAUGAUGUGGCUGGUGUUGGCCUCCUCGAGUGCGUGUGUAUGUGUGCUAGCUGGCUAGCUAGCUGUAGGGUUGCAGUGGUUGAACCACAAGACCACUACUUCUGCUGCUGCUGACAUUGACUUCCGUUUUCUGUUGUAGCAUCUUCUCAUCUUUUUUUUAUUCCUAUCUCUUGCCUGCUUGUGUGUCCUCGUCUUCUGUCAAUGUCAACAGCACUUGUGCCGGUGAGCCAAUCAGUCAGUUGCUUUGUGUUACUGGCUUGCCUCCCAUCUCUGCAAGCAAAGCAUGCACUCACCAUGCACACUCACACUCACUCCCUUUCUCUUAGCGGCCAUUCACCUGCUAAUCCAUUGCGCGGGUUUGGUCUGUCUGUCAAGUUCUGUCGUCCUCUUCUAGUAGUAUAUGUUAUUAAAUUCUCUCAGGCAGCAGUGGUAAUUUAUUGGCCAUGCUGUGCGGUGAUGUCCUGUACUGCACUAUCAUCGUCAUCACUGCCGCGCUGUUGGAGUUCCUGCUAGUAGUCUGCUUUCGAAUGGAGCCGAUGUUUCAUGACUGUGCUCACCAAUUUAGGGUGUUUGCUUCUCAAUGUUGUCUUUUAAUUUCCCCGUGGCAAGCAACCAUUCUACUAGUAGGUGCGCGGUGUUUUGCGUCUUGCGGGUUCACUGCCAUUGCAUGGUCAUAUUUCUGAUCAGUCCACUUAGCUACAAACACUA